GAGAGCGAUGGCAGCGGCGUCGUUUAGGUGGAUACUACAACUGCACAAGGACGUUCCCAAAGCUGCUCGGUUCUACUCGGAAGGCUUGGACUUCACCGUUCACGUCUGCACUCUUCGCUGGGCCGAGCUUCAGUCGGGUCCACUCAAACUCGGCCUCAUGCAAUCCCCCAAGGACCAUGUAAUGCAGAAGGGACACUCUUCGCUUAUGUCGUUCACAGUAGACAUUAACCAAACAGCGAAGAAACUAAUGACAUUAGGAGCUGAACUAGAUGGUCCAAUCAAAUAUGAAAUAUAUGGCAAGGUUGCGGCAAUGCGCUGACCUGAUGGGCACGUUUUAGGCCUCUAUGAACCUGCAUAG